UAAUAAGCUAAAGUGUCCUCCCUGCUUAGCUCACCUCAUCCGCAAUCACCAUAGCGAAAGGCAGGCAAAGAAGGCAGAGAGACGAUGGCAACCUCACCAACUCGAAAGUUGCAGGUUUCGACUCCUGUGCCUUCCGAUAUUGACAUCGCUAACUCUGUUCAACCCCUUCACAUCUCUGCCAUUGCUGAACAUCUAUCUCUUCAACCUGAUCAUUAUGAUCUCUAUGGAAAGUACAAGGCCAAGGUUCUGGUCUCUGUCACAGAGGAGUUGCAGGAUUCUCCCGAUGGAUUCUAUGUGGUCGUUGGAGGAAUUACCCCGACUCCUUUAGGAGAGGGAAAGUCCACUACAACAGUCGGCCUCUGUCAGGCACUAGGUGCAUAUUUGGGUAAAAAGGUUGUGACAUGCCUUCGUCAACCAAGUCAAGGUCCAACUUUUGGAAUAAAAGGAGGUGCUGCAGGAGGUGGAUAUAGUCAAGUGAUUCCCAUGGAUGAGUUCAACCUACACUUGACAGGAGAUAUUCAUGCUAUUACAGCUGCAAACAAUCUUCUUGCAGCUGCCAUUGAUGCACGAAUAUUUCAUGAGGCCUCCCAGACAGACACUGCACUAUUCAAUAGACUAUGCCCUCCAAAUAAAGAAGGAAAGCAAACUUUUGCAAAGGUCAUGCUGAAACGCUUAGAGAAAUUGGGUAUCAAUAAGAAUGAUCCUAAGGAUCUUACACCUGAGGAGGUGAAUAAAUUUGUUAGACUUAAUAUAGAUCCAGAAACCAUUACAUGGAGAAGAGUUAUGGAUGUUAAUGAUCGUUUCUUAAGAAAAAUUACAAUUGGUCAAGGACCAGAUGAGAAAGGGAUGUUAAGAGAAACAUGUUUUGAUAUUGCUGUUGCUAGUGAGAUCAUGGCUGUAUUAGCUCUUACAACUUCUCUUGCAGACAUGAGAGAGAGGCUUGCUCGAAUGGUGAUAGGAUACAGUAAGGCUGGAGAUCCAAUUACUGCUGAUGAUCUUGGAAUUGGUGGUGCUUUGACUGUUCUUAUGAAAGAUGCGAUUCAUCCCACAUUGAUGCAAACUCUUGAGGGCACACCAGUGCUUGUUCAUGCUGGUCCCUUUGCAAAUAUUGCUCAUGGAAAUUCUUCUAUUCUGGCCGACAAGAUUGCUCUGAAGCUAGUAGGUCCAGAAGGAUUUGUUGUGACAGAAGCAGGGUUUGGUGCUGAUAUUGGUACAGAGAAGUUCAUGAAUAUAAAGUGUAGAUACAGUGGUUUGAAGCCUCAAUGUGCUGUUUUAGUGGCCACGGUAAGAGCUCUCAAAAUGCAUGGUGGAGGACCAGAUGUGUCUGCUGGAAAGCCACUAGAUCAUGCUUAUGUAACUGAGAACGUAGCAUUGGUUCAGGCAGGUUGUGUUAAUCUGGCUAAGCACUUAGACAACAUCAAAUCAUAUGGAGUUAACGUUGUCGUUGCUAUCAACAAGUUUGCCUCUGACACGGAGGCUGAGGUCAAUGCUGUAAGAACUGCUGCAAUGGCAGCUGGUGCCUUUGAUGCUGUUGUUUGUACGCAUUAUGCACAUGGUGGAGCAGGAGCGGUAGAUCUUGGCAUUGCAGUUCAGAGGGCCUGUGAGAAGCACCACGGAUCUUUGCAGUUUUUGUACCCUUUGAACUUUAGUAUCAAAGACAAAAUUGAUUUGAUUGCAAAGUCAUAUGGAGCAGCUGGAGUUGAGUAUUCAGAGCAGGCUGAGAAACAGAUUGAAACAUACACCCUGCAAGGCUUCUCUGGACUUCCAAUCUGCAUGGCAAAGACGCAGUAUUCCUUUUCACAUGUUGCUUCGUUAAAAGGGGCUCCUACUGGUUUUACAUUGCCAAUUAGAGAUGUGAGAGCUAGUGUUGGGGCAGGAUUCAUCUAUCCUCUGAUAGGAUCUAUGAGCACAAUGCCUGGGCUUCCUACACGACCUUGCUUCUUUGACAUAGAUGUAGACACUGCAACUGGAAGGGUCCUGGGUCUAUCCUAAGGUUGUGUAAAAUAUAUUAUUGCUUUGUAUGUGAUACUUGAAGUAUAUUUCAUUGGAAUGCUGAGAUGAAUGGAGGUGUGGUCAAUAACGAUAUUGAAUAAAGGGCAUUUUAUUAGAAUAUUCCAGCAAAGGUAUGCACUAAAGGUCAGUUAUGUGUUUUAUCUUUUCUUUGUCAAUUUCAUUUAACUUAACUGGGAAGAGUAAAAGAAUUUCCUGGACACCGUUGUAGCUGAAAUUCACAAGCUUUACAUCCUUGGACAAUCACACGAUAGAUGUACAAUUGUGACGGCGGCUGUUCAUGUAAGCUUGAACCCAAUGGUUGUGGUCAAAGAACUUUGUGAUAUUGCAAUAAUCCCAGCACCCGCAAGACACAACACGGCUGACUGUAUGGGCACACUUUGUUCUGCUUGUACUCAGCAUUUACAUAAUAUUUACUCAUUAGUUUUACUAAUUCAGAUCAUAGAUUCUAGUUUUUUC